AUGGUCAAAGAACAUCAGUGUCAGCAUAUGAAGCAUUCUCAAGGUCGCAAGCACACCCUCGAGAAGCAAGAUGCAGUAUAUCACAACUGGCACAGACCUUUUACAUGGGUGCAGAUUGAUAAUACUGCCAAAAAUCCAUCAGUUACCUGGAGCUCAACACGAAUUGUUCAGUAUCUGAAGAAGAAAGAUUUGGCAACUUUCAAAGGUCUUGCAAAGUCUACAGUUGAAGGCUGGAUUGAUCACAGUGGCAAGCCCAAAUGGACUGAAGCUGCAAUUCGGAUGACAAAUCUGGGCAAUCAUCAGGGACAUUCCAAUGGAGCUGCGGAGCAGGCCAUCAUCAAACAGCUUCAAGCUCUUCAUGAUGCUAGAGCUGUACUUACUCUUAUCACAAUCCGAGAGAUCAUCAUUGCAAUCCUUUCUGAUACAGCACCAGACAUCCUUGAGCACCAAGCAAAAGAUGGCUCAAAGUUCCAGUGUUCAGAUGCAUUUGUAUGA